GGGGAUUUGGGGAGCAGAGAUGCCGGGAUGGGGGAUGGGGGAGGUUCUACGGGGAUUUGGGGAGCAGAGGUGCCGGGAUGGGGGAUGGGGGAGGUGCCGGGAUAGAGGUAGGGUUGUGGGUUGCCAGACUUUCACCCCAAACCACAGCAAGCCACCACCCCGGAGCCUGGUUUGGGGUCUGGGACGGUCUACAGCAGGGGUGAGGGUGGAAGAGGCAGGGGGCACAGGGUGAGUGGCCAAGGGCAGCCUCCUUGGACUGAGGGGAAGGUGGGGUGCAGGCAUCUGCACAUCUGCCCAAGACCCCUGUCCCUAGGGCUGGCCACCAUUCCUCCCACCCCAGAGCUGCAGGGGGGUGUGGUGGCAGGAAGCUGGGGCGAUGGUGACAGCGAGACCACCUCUCCCUGCCUGAUACCCUGCUCCUGUGUGAGGCACAGUCAUGGUCGUCACCCCAGUGCUGCCUAGGGACCAGCUCUUCACGCUCAGCAGUUACAGCAGGAGCCAGGGCUGGGAAACAGUGGGUGGGUGUCUUGGGAGAUACUGGAGCAUCUUUCUUCAUGCAGCCCCAGACUCACAGGGAUCUGCACAUGUGUGUACACACAUACACACCACACAUCACACACAUACACCACACAUCACACAUACACACACACCACACAUAUACACCACACAUCACACAUACACACCACAUACACGUCACACAUACACGUCACACACACAAACCACACAUCACACACAUACCACACAUCACACACACAUCACACACACCACAUAUCACACAUGCACCGCACAUUACACACACAUACCACACACAACCACACAUCACACACACAGUGCACAUCACACACGCACCACACAUCACACACACGCACCGCACAUCACACACACCACACAUCACACAUACACACACACAACACAUACACACCACACAUCACACACACACACCACACAUACAUACCACACCACACAUACACACACACAACACAUACACACCACUCAUCACACACACACACCACACAUACACACCACACCACACAUACACCACACAUCACACACACACCACACACACCACACAUACACACCACACAUCACACACACACACCACACAUUACACAUACACACCACACAUCACACAUACACACAUCACACAUACACACACACCACACAUCAUACACGCACUCAUUCACACAUACACACCACAUAUCACACACACACACCACACAUCACACAUACACAUCACACAUACACACACACCACACAUACACACCACACAUCACACAUACACACCACAUACACGUCACAUAUACACGUCACACACACAAACCACACAUCACACACAUACCACACAUCACACACACAUCACACACACCACAUAUCACACAUGCACCGCACAUUACACAUACAUACCACACACAACCACACAUCACACACACAGUGCACAUCACACACGCACCACACAUCACACACACGCACCGCACAUCACACACACCACACAUCACACACACAUCACACAUACACACACACAACACAUACACACCACACAUCACACACACACACCACACAUACACACCACACCACACAUACACCACACAUCACACACACACACCACACAUACACACCACACACACCACACAUACACACCACACAUCACACACACACACCACACAUUACACAUACACACCACACAUCACACAUACACACAUCACACAUACACACACACCACACAUCAUACACACACUCAUUCACACAUACCACACCCACACAUUCACUCACAUACCAUACAGCACACACACCACACAUCACACACUUAUUCACUCACAUUCACACUUGUAUAUACAUCACACACUCAUUCACUCACACACAACACCAUGCACAUCACACACUCAUUCACUCUCACACGCGCACACAUACACAGACACACCUGCAGGCAAGAUAGGGCUCACGUCAUGGGACGGGGGACUCCAGGUGAGGGGAUCCCUGGCUGGGUGUCCUUGAGGCAAGGUUGCACUCCACAACUGUGGCCAGCAGCCAGAGAGGGCAAAGGCUGCCAAAGGUCAUCCAGCCUGUGGGGCGAACCAGGGCUGAAUGGCAGAGCUGUGUCCCCCACACCCCCGGGCUCCCAGCUCACUUCCCUGCAGUUCUCCAGCCUCUGCUUCCCUUCAGGAAGGUGCUGCCAGGCCUGGGAUGCUGGUGCCCCAGAGCCCAGGCCUGGAGGGGCCCCUUGAAGGUGUGCCCAAUGCCUGGGGCGUGACUGUGUGCUCUGGGUGGGGACUGUGUGCUCUAGUCCCUUGGUGGGCAGGAGCUCAGGGGUGCAUGAUGCCCGUCCCCUCCUGCAAAGGCCCAGACCCAGGCCUCUUAGGGGUCAGGAGCUCAGCUCAGCUGCUUCUGCAGGCCCGCCCGUCCCUUCCCUCUCCGGCAUCUUCUGGGGUUCAUGCUGCUACUCAGACUCCCCAGAGUGGGGGCAAAGCCUCUGCCUUGGUUUCCCCAAGAGUGCCUGGCCAGGUGGAGCAGGUCUGCAGUGGGGGCAUCCCCUGGGAGGGCAGCAUUGUGACCCCUGGGGGUGGGAGUUGGGGUGGUGCAAGAGGGGGCCAUGGAGUCAGGGUGGACCCUGCACCCAAAUCCGCCUUAGAAAGGAGCGGCCUAACUGGGCCUUUUUGACAGCCUUGAUUUCCAUGCAUUUGGUGGAGGGAGUGGGGUGAGGGGGCUUCCUGCUUCUUGAGACCCUCUGUCCCCAGGGUGGCAUCUGUGGGUGGACCCUCUCCCUCCUGGGCCUCAGUUUCCUCCUCCUGCAAGUUGGCACCAGCCUGGGACCGUCCCCAUGAGCACUGAGGUCAUGGCUGGGAGGCCUGGAGGCUCCCCCAGAAGGACGUGCCAUAAAUACCUGCUUGGCCUCAUUAUCCUCAUUAGAGCCGGGAGCCCAGGCGUGCAGGCCAGUGAGUCACCUUAAAAGAAUGCCCCCCAGCCCUGGAGGUGGGAGAAUGGGCUUCCAGCACUGGAUAGGGCUCCCCUAGUCCCCCAGCCUUGACCCUGAGGUCUCUCCUGCUUCUCCAGCCACCUCGCUCAUCCUUUAUCCCUCUCCUCCCCCGACACACACACACACACACACACACACACACACACACCCCACACACACCCCUCACCUCUGCCUAUAAACCCAGGGGAGGAGCACCCACUGUGUGCUACAGCCAGCUGUGACAAUGCUGCCCACGGGUGCUGAGGAGUCAGCAGUGACCUAGGGGAAGACAGGGCUCUCCGGCUGCAGGUGUUCCUGAGGAGGAACUAGGAGAGAAGAGGAGAAGGCAUGGGCAGAGGGAAGAAGGGGUGCUGUGCCUGGAGGGGGUGCCUAGAGGUGGGUAGGGUGGGAGAGCUGGCUGGGAGAGCAACAGGGGGACAGCCCUUUCUCUGGUCCCCCACGGCUCCCUGUCUGGGCAGAGGCAGGCCCAGCCCAUCAGCACUUCUGAGCUGUGACAGGAGACCCACAGCAACCCCCCAGCUGGGCCCUGCCAGUCCCUUUUCCCUCUGAGGGCCCCUGCAUAACCGAGGACUGUGAGCUGACAGCUUUCCCUCCCUCCAUUGUUGGCUCCCCUCACUCUCCUCAGUCUUUCCCCACCCCCACCUCCACCCCUGGAGGCUGUGUCCACUCACAGGCCAGGGGACUGGGCCCUGCCCCAGCCCCAAGAGCCUCAGGGCUGUGAUGAUUUUUUAUUUUUUGAGAUGGAAUCUCGCUCUUUGCCAGGCUGGAGUACAGUGGUGCAAUCUCAGCUCACUGCAACCUUCGCCUCCCAGGCUCAAGCAAUUCUCCUGCCUCAGCCUCCUGAGUAGCUGGGAUUACAGGUGCAGGCCACCAUGCCUGGCUAAUUUUUGUAUUUUUAGUCUCACCAUGUUGGCCAGGGUGGUCUUGAUCUCUUGACCUCAUGAUCUGCCCACCUCGGCCUCCCAGAAUGCUGGGAUAACAGGCAUGAGGCACCGUGCCCGGCCCAGUUUACUAUUUUUAUUUUUGGCGGGGAGGGGAUACAUUCAUGGAGGUAGAGCUCUCCCAUCGCAACUUGAGUGUGAAUCAGAAGAACAGACUGGUCACCUCUGGGGAGCAGGUAAGGGGUGUGGGAAGUAGCACUGAGGGCCCCCUGCAGGGAUCAGAAAAGCCUGAGCAGUGGAGGGGCCAUGUGCUCUCCUGCCAUCUCUUAAAUAUUCCUAUGACAUUAUGAUAGCUUCAAAUCUUUCGUGAUAGGAACACUCAACAAACUAGGAACAGACAGGAACUUCCUCAAUCCCAUAAAGGAUUUCUAUGAAAAGCCAUCACUAAGGUACUCAGUGGUGCAAGACUGGAUGCUUCUCCCCUAAGAGCAGGACCGAGGCAGGGUGUCCCCAUCGCAGUUUGUACUCAGCUCUGCCCUGGAGGUUCCAGCCAGGGUGAUCAGGCAAGAAAAGAAGUAAAGGCCUCCAGACUAAAAAGGAAGAAGUAAAGCGACCUCUGCAGAUGACAAGAUAUUAUGUAUACAAAAUCCUAAAGAAUCAUUAGGAGAUGAUUAGGACUAAUAAGUUCAGCAAAUUUGCAGGAUAUAAAAUCAAUAUACAAAAAUUGACUUUAUUUCUAUAGCCUAGAAAAGAGGAAUCUGAAAUUAAAUUUAAGAACAAUUCUAUUUACAAUAGCAUAAAAAAAAUAACUUUAACAAAAGAAACGUAGCAUUUUGAGAGCACAAGGUAGGCAGAUCACCUGAGCCCAGGAGUUCAAGACUGGCCUGUGCAACAUGGUGAGACCCAGUAUCUACAAAAACAAAAAACAGCGAGGCUGUGGUCACAGCUACUCGGGAAGCUGAGGUGGGAGAUCACCUGAACAUGGGAGGUCAAGGCUGCAGGGAGCCAUAAUCUCACCACUGCACUUCAGGCUGGGUGAUGAGAGUGAGACCCUCUUUCAAAAAAAAAAAAAAAAGAUCUUUUUAUACUCUAAAAACUAUAAAAUCUUGUUGAAGGAAAUUUUUAAAAAUUACAACAAAUAGAGCCGGGCACAGUGGCUCACGCCUAUAAUCCCAGCACUUUGGGAGGCCGAGGCCGGUGGCUCACGAGGUCAAGAGAUUGAGACCAUGCUGGUCAACAAGGUGAAACCCUGUCUCUACUAAAAAUACAAAAAUUAGCUGGGCAUGGUGGUGCGUGCCUGUUGUCCCAGCUACACGGGAGGCUGAGGCAGGAGAAUUGCUUGAACCCAGGAGGAGGAGGUUGCGGCGAGCGGAGAUUGUGCCAUUGCACUCCAGCCUGGGUAACAAGAGCAAAACUCUGUCUCAAAAAAAAAAAAAAAUUUUACAACAAAUAGAAAGACAUCCCAUGUUCAUGAACUGGUAUUGUUAAGAUGGCAAUACUCCCCAAAUCUAGAGAUCCAACACAAUUUCCCUUUCUUAAGGCUCUGAAAUGUUUAUUUCUGUGAAGCAGAGAUGGGGCCCUUAUUUGGGAGAGUUGAGGGUCUCACCUUUAUCAUCCCCUCAGGACUGUCCACAGCUAACACCAUAGGGCUGUUCAGCUUAGGGCAGGAAGUUAGCUGUAGAAGGAAAACCUGGAUGCUGGGGCCAGACAGGCCUGGUAUGAAUUCCAGAAAUAUGUGAUCUUGAGUAUAUUGCUUAACCUCUCUGAGCCUCUUUUUCACAACUAUAAGAUGGGAAUUGACAUCACCUGUCUCACAGGGCAGUGAAAGAUACAGAAUGUUUGAGAAGCAGCUCUCAGGUGGUCCAGCCUACUCAGGGCAUCCACCUAAAGUUGGCUCCUGCCUGCACCUUCUCUCACCCCAGCACCGCCAG